AGCUAUCAUCAUAAUCAAUGGCUUAUCGAUUCAGAAGUCCAUGAAUCGAAAUGCCUCUGCCUGCAACGUUGGCCGGCAUUUUUCUAUCAUGCCACCUUUGCGAAUUUAUUUUCUGGGGGUAGCUUACUUGCUGUGGAGAAGCCUGGAUCAAAGUCAGGUGAGUCAAUGGUAGUAGCUGUAAGCAGAGGGAACCUAAGAAGUGCAAGGAUUUUGCACUUGUGAGAGGCGUGCUUGACGAUCUGUAAAUCGUGAGGUUAUAAAUUACAAGGGGCAAACCUUUGCCAGGAAAUUAUAUAAUCACACGACUUGAUAUCAAUAAUUUGCCUCCUGAAGACUGAGCAGUUCUCAUGAGUAUGUCAACCCUGUAAAAGAUAUACAGGUAAGACCCUAACCUGCAGCUGGGAAAUCCUCGAGGUACCGAAGGAAAUCGCCGAUACGUGAAGGAGAGACAAUUGUUGGAAAUCGUUAUCGAGGGUCAAGGUCUUCUUGUACCUUGAUAGAAUUUCGUAUUGCGCGGAAUGUCUUGAGGUAUGUUGCUCGUCUAAAUGAUGGGUCUGCACAAGGGGUCCGGAUAUGUUCCGAGAGGGAGGUGGAUCCACCUGCUAUCAAUGGGCAAUAUUGUCAAUUGACUUUCGCUUUCAGUAAUACCUUAUUAUCCCAUGGAAGGAGGAUAUGCAGCUCUUCGCUCUGAAUGUUCCUGAUGAGCAGGAUCGAUAUGUAUGUUGUUCUUGGAACACUCGCGUUGUCGAUGAAUCGGAGGAAGUUCGAAGAACUUAUCCAAAUGGCAAAACCCACGCAGUAUCAUUUGAUGAUUGCUGGUAGUUCUUCUUAUACAGCGCCCAAUCGUCGUAUAUUGGGUUUUGGAAAAACGGUUUUGGGAACAUGUAAAGUCGUACCAUAAUGCUACCUUAAUGGAAUGUUGGUGUGAUCGCAGAUGUGGGGUAGCGACUGCUAGAGGAAUGACUGGGACAUUGUGAAUAGGGGUACACGCAUACCAAACGAUGUUGGAUUUUUAUUUCUCAAAUAAAUAGUCUAAUGUGACCCACAAACGAAGUCCAACGUACUCACGAUUUCCGAUUCUAAAGUGUAGAUAUAUGCCAGUAUCACCCAUCAACAGCACGAAGUCGGUUUGUCGAGCUCCGGAUCAUCCUCGGUCGGCACUUCUGUCACCUGCAAAAGCCGACUCCGGCGCGGACUCCCGACGCCCAUCCAAACCUUCUUCCCUCCACAUCUCCAGCCAGCUCCAUCUAUCAGCGCCCCCGCAUCUGUGCCCGUUGCCCAUCCCAUCGUCAAUCACCGACAUCCUGCAUCGUCGGCAUCAUCGGUCUUUGAAUAUCACUCACAGACUCCACGUAUACCGGCAUCAAUAUCAGCGGCCGCCCCAUCAAUCGCAUCCAGCGCCGUCAAUUGAACUCUGCUCCCCCGGCCGUCACUCGCCGUCUAUCCGGGCCCGUUGAAACUCUCCACCAAGCCUCAUGUCGGGCCCUAUGCUGCCUCCUGUUGGCACUAGUAAUAGUAAUGGCAAUGGCAUCAACACCACCGGAAAUGUCACAAGCGCGCCAAAUACCACAAACCUAUCUGGAACUCCAUUGGUGAACAGCAGUAAUGGGAAUGGCCAAUCUCAACUGCAGAAUCAGCCUCAAGCUCAAGGCCAGAGUCAGUCUUCACAACCACCAACCAGGAUAGAGACGUCGGGGCAGCAAGAUGUACGGCCUCAGCCAGCCGAGAAGCCGUUUGAUGCUAUGAGAGCGUACCGUGCUUGUUUGCACUGUAGGAAUCGGAAGAGCAAAUGUGAUUUGGAUCCCAAUGGCGGGAAACCGCCCUGCAAACGAUGUCAAAGAGAGAACAGAGAAUGUGUUCUUGGAGAAAGUCAUCGUGGUGGUCGUCGAGUUCGAAAGAAACCAAAGCUCGAAGACAGCUCAGAGCAGUCUGGACCGUCUACUCCAACAGUCUCGACUUUUCAAGGUUCACCAGCAGCACAAUCGAAUUCGAGUCCGCAAUACGCCAUGAACAGCUCUCAUAGUCGCCAGCAUUCGGGAUCCAUUCAGAAUAGGUAUGAUGAUAGGCCGAUGUGGCAACCUCCAAUUGCUGGAGGAGGUGGAGCUCCGAGAUACACCGAGUAUCCUCCUAUUUCUAGUGUAUCUCACAAUCAGCCAUACCGUCCUCGCAUGGAAUCCACGGCUAGCAUUAUUGGAAAGCCAUCACAUGAAGGAAUUGCGACUGCAGACUUACAGAAUCCAUCUGAUGCGCUCGAGAUUCUUGCCCAGGUAGCGGAUCGAGCCGACGACUCCAAUUCUCCUCGAAGUGAUGAUCCGAAUGGACAAUCAAAACGAACAAGGCCAACGCUGCGACCAGAUGUCAACCAACAGCCAUUGGAGACCGUGUGGCAUUAUCCUCCGGUGCAACAAGGUCUGAUUGGUCCGGAGCAGAUUUAUUCAUUGUUUUCAAGUUACGAGCAAUUCUUCCACCCAUUCUUUCCUAUCGUUCCCCGAGAGACAUUCAAUCCUAGCAGACUACAAUGGCUUUCACGUUACGAGCCCCAUCUUUUCUCGGCCAUUCUCACCGUUGCAUCGAAGGAUGAAGAAGCGCUGCACAAAGUCUGCUACGAUCACAUGCAGCAAUUAAUCUCGAACAUCUUGGCUGGUGCGGAUGCGAAUGUCGAAGCUGUAGAAGCACUCCUCCUUCUAUCACAAUGGGUAUCGCACAGACCUCAGGUGGCGGUCACAGUGGGCCGUGGAGAGGAAGAUCGCGUAGCCUGGAUGUAUAUUGGUACAGCUCUACGGCUUGGGUACUUUCUCGAAAUCGAUCGAACAUCCUUCAACAGCGACACGCAAGAAGACCCCGCUAAGUUUCGUCGGAAACGGCUAGUCUGGGCAGCAUGCUACAUUUGCGAUCGUCAGGUCUCGGUGCGUGUUGGUAAGGGGUUCUGGGCUCGAGGACCAGGUCCUCUUUCAGGACUGAAGGCAGAUAACUUUCCCACUCUCCAACGUGCUUCGGGGCAUGAUGAGGACUUCGCCACCAUUUUUCAGGCAAACUUGGAAUUAACGCAGAUCUUCUCCAAUGUUCACGACAUCCUUUACUCAUCAAAAGGCCAUGCUUGGAAAGAGAUGCUCGAGGGUCGAUAUGCCAAGUACCUUGAUGACUUUCGGUACAGUAUUGGAACCUGGAUGGAGAAUUGGGGAUCGCUGAACUGCCACCCAUACAUCAAAGCUAGUCUGAUGCUCACGUACGACUAUCUGCGGCUCUACGUCAACGCUUUUGCGUACCAAGCAACCAUUUCCCGCGCACUCACGGACCAACGAGACAGCCAACAUAAUCCUAACGGAUCCGUGCCUCUCAUCAACUCCACAGCUCCCGAUGCACGUUUCAUCUAUGAAGCAGUCAAUGCUGCCACAUCGUUACUGACUCGAUUCAACGAGUCUGUAUCACCAGAUACACUCCGCCACAUGCCAUCGUCAUAUUACCUCUUCGUGAUCUACAGCGCCGUCUUUCUCUACAAAGCUCGCUCCACGACCUCUCUUCAGAAAUCCGAACGCGACGAAGUACACAAGGUAAUCCGACUUACCAUCGACCGAUUACAAGCAUCUUCAGUAGGCGGCAACCAAAUCGGAAAUCGUUACGCUAGACUUCUAGAGCUCCUCUGGCGCAAGUCACCCAAGCGGAACGGCAACAAAGCUCUCCAUCGCAUGAGCAUCGAUAAUCGCAUGCUUACUCAACAGCAGAAUCCUAUAGGUCCAGGCCAACACAACAACCAAAUACAAGGCCAAGGACAAAACGACCGUCAACCCCAGAACACAAAUCAAAAUCUCAACCCCGACCAACCCAACCAACCCCAAAACUUCGACCCAAACCUCGACCCAAAUAUCUACGCCAACCCAAACUUCCCCGAUCCUUUCGCUCCCAACAAUGUCCAGCCCGGCCUACCGGUCCCUAAUUUCAGCUGGCUCGAUCUGUCUGCGACUUCUCUCUACGCUAUGCAGAAUGGACCGAGUAGUUCUGGGUCGGGAGAAUAUGAUGGGAUGGGUGAGUUGAGUCCGUGGGAUGGGGCGGGGAUUGAUAGGCAGGGGAUUGAUGGUGUCGGUGCGGGGUUUAUGGAGCCGGGGUUCUUGCAGUUGGAUGGUGUGGCUGGUGGUGGGGGUGGGGAUUUGAUUUUUUGAUUUGGAGUGUGUGGUUCUGGUGGGUGGGUGUGAUUGUUCUUUGCGACGCGCUUAGGGAAAGGGGAGAGGGGAAUGGAGUCGGUGCAGGCGUUGGUGGAGGCUUGGUGAUUCUCCUGGGGUAAUUGGGCUGGUUUGGCGUUUUCGGCCGAGACGGUGUUAAAAGGCGUUGGGUUUGUGGUAAUGCGCGAUGCGUUGUAUUGCUGUAGGUAUGUAUCUCGAGUAUGGUUUCCUCGCCAUCAAGGCUGUAGAUUGCUGCUGAAUGUAGCGCGUUUUGUGUCUUAUAUAAUAUCCAACUCACGAAGUUUACACUAUGGCCCAACGAUUUGUGAGUCGCGUUAUUGAAUGAGGGAGGCAGGAAGGAGAACCGGUUAUUGUUGAACUGUACUGCCUGCGAUUGACUUUCUUCAGCUGUAUUGCAAUACAGUCUACCUAUUUCGAGGAGGUGCAGAGGGGUCAGGGCGGAAAAAUAGAGAGUCUAUGGAGCACUGAUGACGAUGGUUGGAGAGAUGACAAUGGUUUAUCAAUUGGCAGUGGAAAUCAGACAUGCGUCAAUUCUCUGAUUCCUGUGGAACAAGGGGUGAUUGUCAGGAUAGUUACAACACGCUCUUGUUUUAAACAUCAUCAAAAUCGGCAGCGGGGAGACCUCUAGCUUCGGACUACGAGAAAUCGUACCUAGAGCGAGGAAAAUACACUACCAAGACCCGUUCUGGACUAUUUAAGGUGAGCAUGUUUCGGACCCUUGGGGAGUGAAAAUGGUGUUGGUCAAGGUUUAUAUACUGCUUUUGCUUACGAAUUUUGUGCUGGUGGGUGAAUCGUAUUGAGGUUGAGGAUGUUGAGGAAGUUUGAAAUUUAAGGGUUUGAACUCCAUGAGAGGAGAGGGAAGUAAAGCUGGUGAAUAAAUAGACUACGAGGUCUCAGAGCUGAGAAGUUGAUAAAUUCCUUUGAUCUCCGAUAAUGCGACCCGGACAAGUUCUCUGAAGUUAUAUGAUGAAGAAUACGAUGGGUACACUGUUAGUGGAUUGGAAUUGCCGUCGAAAGGAAUAGUAAAGACUCAGAUUUCGAAAAACAGGUGGUGAAUGUGGCGAUAUUCCUACAUCCCUUGUGUUAUUCUUCCCUCAAGCCCAAACACAUCUCUCUUUAACUUAUAUAUCCAUUCUGCUACUACGCAGC